AUGGGUAAAGACGGGAUCAGUGAGUUGCCUGAUGAUUUGAUUCUGCAGAUACUCUCUUCGCUUCCAACAAAGAAUGUGAUAGCCACAAGUGGUUUGUCUAAACGAUGGCGUUUUCUUUGGAAGUUGGUACCGAAACUCGAGUUCAACUCUGAGAUUAAUCCGAGAACUGCAGAGAAUGUUGGCAGGUCUUUGCUUUUACAUAAAGCUCCAGUUCUAGAGAGUUUGCAUCUCACAGUCACAGAUUUAUGUGAUGAUAUAGAUGUUGAACUAUGGGCUGGAAUUGCAUUUGCACGUAAUGUGCGUGAGUUCGUACUCGAAGUCUCGCUUUCCUUUUUUUCCAUGCCAGUCCAAUUUCCGAGUAGCUUGUUUUUCUGUGAUACACUUGAGACCCUGAAACUCAAGUUUUCGGUUCUUGUUGAUGUUCCUUCUCGAGUUUGUAUGAAGUCUCUCAGAAUUUUGCACCUUUUUCAUGUGAGCUACAAAGACGGUGAAUCAAUCCGUAACCUUAUAUCUGGCUGUCCUAAUCUUGAAGAUUUUCUCAUACAUGGAGGUGCUUGUAAGGUUGUCCUGAAUUUGGUUAUUGAAGCGCCAUCUUUAAAGAGACUAUGGAUUCACGGUCAAAUUGGGGGACGAAAGACUAUGAUAAACGCUCCUUGUUUGGAAUACUUGAAAAUGAAAGGGUUUAGUUAUGGUCAGUGUUGUCUUAUUGAGAAUGCGCCAGCGUUAGUCAAGGCAACUAUUAGUGACGUUUCUUACAUCGUUAAUGAGAAUAUUUCGGGAUCUCUUAAGUCAGCCAAAUGUCUUUCCUUGAACUUAUCACCUUUAGAGUGCCCUACCGGAGCUAUCUUUUAUCAACUGGUAUAUCUACAGAUGUAUACACGUGAAGCGGAGUGGUGGAAUCUACUUAUGUUCAUGCUCGACAUCUCUCCUAAACUACAAGUCCUCAAACUCAUUGAUCAUGUUAAGUAUCCUAGCUAA